UUCAGUGUCACUCGCUCUCCUGCUUCUUCUAGGACCCGUUGGCUACUGAAAUGUCGUCUUCAACGCGCUCAGUCGCACCUGUGAAAUCAGCCAUCAGCCUCUGCGGUAGCCAUCACCGACUGACGGUCUUUUGCCAGGCGUGUGGAGUAGCCUUGUGCGACAGCUGCUUGUCCAACGGCAGUCACUGUCAUCACCAAUUCUCAAGUCUUCAAGACGCAUGCAAGAAGCGAAUAGAUGAACUCAAAGGAUUGGCAGGAAAUAUCAGGGGACCAAACAGUUUCACUUACGAGGCAUCAAUCACUAAUAGAACCAAACUUAAAGAGGACAUCUUUCUCAAAAUAAAAGAGAACCUGGAUGCCAUGUUCAAGGAGCUCAGAGACCUGGUGGAGGUGAGCAAGAACCAGGCCUUCAAACUGUUAGCUGCCCAACAGAAGAACACGGAGGCCCAAUUCAAGAUCAUGGAGGCCCAGUUCAAGAUCAAGACCAUGGCAGAAAUCCAUGAGAAAUUAGAACAGCUUUGGAUCGAGGCAGGACAAAGCCCGGACAAUGUUUCUUCUGUGAUGACUCAAUGUGUGGAAGUGGAAAAAAGAAUUGAAAUCAUUGACAAGAACUCUGUUGACUGGGAGAAGGAUGAUCAUCUCAGACUGAAAUCACUGGAGAAUUCUGUCCAAAAAAUCCUCGAGAUGAGCAAAUCAUGCCUGACACAGCCAUGGGAGUUUGCCGACUUCAUCACAUUUGACAAAAACACGGCCCACGAGAAGCUGAGAGUGUCGGAGGAUCACAGACAGGUGACUGUCUUUGCCAAGGACCUGCGGAGUAAUCAUCGAUCAAACGAAGUUCAGGAUGCCGUACUACUGCAUGUGCAGGCCGAGCAGGCUUUCACCACUGGCCAGCAUUAUUGGGAGGUGGACGUCAGAGGGUGUCGGAGCUGGGAGAUAGGUGUGUUGGGAGAGGAGGGGACAGAGAAGCUGUCCUGGACGCUGAGGCUGGACGACGGCAUGCUUUCAGCGCUGCAUGACCGCGACGACGUCAGAGUGAGAGAGCAGGAUCUCUCGUUCCUCGGCGUGUUCCUCGACUGCGACAAGGGGCGCCUGUGGUUCUACAACGUCGCCGUCAACGCCGUCAUGCACGCGUUUGCGGUCCGGUGUGGCGGCGGCGGCAGGCCGAUGCGGCCGGUGUUCAGCAUCGCCCCCAAGGACGACGACUUCUCCCGUCUGGUCUUGUGGAACAUUUGUGAGAAGGACCCGAGGCCCGAGAGUCCUGCAAGCAUGGCUGACCCAUGCGUGGACUCGCCAAGCGCCACUGGCCUCCAAGGCCCGCUUACCUGAGCCCUGUUUACCUGUGUUUUUCUCUAACUACCAGCUUAGUUUGUUUAUUCUUUUAAAUUAUUUAUUUCCAACUUAAAGGUGACAUAGAAUGGAAAUCAUUUUUUCCUUGGUUUUCAUGAAUUAUGAGAAGUUAUGCAUAAACAAAGAGCUAUCAUGAACAUGAGGCAAGGUUGUGCCCUCUUUCAUAUGAAAAUCUUGAACUUAGAAAUAGACACAAAAUAAUGGGCAAAUUAGAAAAGAGCCUGCUUGUGAUGUCAGACAUCGCAAAGCCAUUGAAGUUCAAUUGGGGUUGCCAAAGAGGGCGCCAUUCAGUCAAACAGACCAUCUCAAUACCCAGCCUAAAUAUAUGGUUUUAAUUAGUCUUGUAAAAUUGCAAUUGAGUUGAUUUUUUUUUUAAAUCAAAGUUGAAUAUCUAAUAUUUUAACAUCAGAGAACACAGUGCAAUACUCAACUCAUCCAUUCUAUGUCCUCAUUAAGUGUAUUAGGAAGUCUUCGUAAAGUACCUUCCAUGUUUUGAUUAUUUAUAUAAAUGUUUGUGUAUUACAUAAAUGGGAUAAAUAAAUGUGCAUACCCUGCCAA